AAUAAUCCAACACUUGUUUCUUCUCACUCUCUUCACCCUCCCAAUGAGACAACACUGCUAGCAAACCCAGAGGCAGCAUGCAGCAACAACAAAAAUUCCCCUUUCUCUCUCCCUCUUCCCCUAUUUAAAAACACACAGAAAAAAAUAUCAUUUUCUUCACUAUGCUAAAUCCAAAUAUAGUGCAAGCAACAAAAGGGGUGAUGACUGACACAGCCACACAAAAGGGUAGUUGAAGGGGCUAAUAUUGAAGAGGAGUUCACUUCAGUUCAGACCAUAAAGCAAGAGUGGCAGCAGAAAGUCUAGCUGUUUCUCUGAUUGUUUUUCUCUUUUGAAAUUGGUACCACCUUCAUAGUUCAAUUUCUCCCAUCACCAUCAAUAUCAAUAUGGCUGCCUCCAACAAAAGCUGGCCAAGCAUGUUCAAGUCCAAGCGCAACCCCAACCACCAAUGGCACCAUGACAUCAAUUCCUCUCUCUUGUCCACCGGUUUCCAAAGAACCCCUUAUGCCUCAGGAGCAGGAGGAGGGGAUGAGAGAACUCCAGAACCAAGGCCAAGAUGGAACCCAAAACCAGAGCAAAUCUGCAUUCUGGAAGCCAUCUUCAACUCUGGCAUGGUUAACCCUCCAAGGGAUGAAAUAAGAAAGAUCAGAAUGCAGCUGCAGGAGUAUGGUCAAGUUGGUGAUGCCAAUGUCUUCUACUGGUUCCAGAACCGUAAAUCCAGAAGCAAACACAAACUCCGCAACCAACAGAAUUCAAAGAAAAACAACAACAACCAAGAACCACAGAAAAUUAACCAAACUGUGCCUAAUUCAUCAUCUUCUUCAUCAUCUGAGAAAUCCACUCCAAAGGAAGUAACAGUAACACCCUCUGUGGGAUUCUUCUCAAACGUCAUUGAUGUGGUGCCUAAUUCACCCACACCCUCUGUGAACCAGACUCUUUUUCAAACCAAUUUUCAGCUCCCACCAGUUGCUGAUCCUUUCUCCUUUGCUAUGAACCAAGAAGUAGUGGUUCAUAAUGUCAUGGAAACACAAGGAUUUCACUUCACUGAGCUCUCAAACAUAAUCCAACCUCCUCCAUCUCAAUAUGAACAGAAUCUUGGUCAGUGGCUUACUACUACUAAUAACAUCAUGAGCUUUGAAACCACAAAGAAAGACCAAGACAACUUCAUGACCAUGAUGCACCAACCACAACACAACUUUUCUCUCACUCCAGCUCCAACUUUUGCUCCUCCUAGCACUAACACACUUGUUAGUGUUCCAUCCCCCAUCACUCAGCUUCAAGGUGUAGUUGAUGGUGGUGGUACCGCGAAAUGCACAGUGUUCAUUAACGACGUCGCAGUGGAGGUUGCUGUGGGGCCCAUCAACGUGCCUGAAGCAUUCGGGGAAGAAGCCAUGCUCAUCCACUCCUCCGGCAUUCCUGUUCUCACCGACGAGUGGGGAUUCACCCUCCACCCUCUUCAACAUGGCGCAUCUUAUUAUUUGAUUUAAGGAGGAGGUGAAGCUGAAGAGAUGAAGCAGAAUGAGAGAAACAAUUAGAUUCUCAUAUAAUAUAUAGUGUUCUCUCUAUUAGUAUACUCUUAUGUUAUGUCUCUUUAUAUAUAUACACAGGGUUACAGAAACCGUUUAAAUUUCUAGCUAAGUUGUUGACAAUAUGGAAAUCAUGUUAUUGGGGAUGAGGAUAUAUGUAUUUUCAAGUACAUAGUUUAAAUAAAAUUACUUUUAGCUUU